AUGGCACACGAAUGUCCCUUCUCUGAUCAUCUCUCUAAGCCUCUCAAUGAUUUCCGCGGAGAUUCUCCACAACUCUUUCGCUGCUUCGUAUGCAAUGAAGAAUCCAAGGAAUAUUCAGAAUCCUACUAUUGUCCUACUUGCAAGAAAGAAUCUCACAUUGGUUGUUUCAAGUUUCAACCUCAGAUUAAACAACACCCUUAUCAUCCCUCCCACCCUCUCACCCUCGUCAUCACUCCUAAUUCCAAUUCUUUGAUACCUAAUUCAUGGCCAGAUGAAGAAGUUAUCUCUCCCCCUGAUGAGAAUCUUGGAGGGUGCAAAUGUUGUCGGAGACAACUUCAAGACAAGUACUAUCAUUGUUCUAUUUGCAAGUUCAGUAUAACUGCCACUUGUGCGAUAAAUCCACCACCUCUUACUAUCGUCCCGACGAAGAGCCAUGAGCAUAUGGCCUUCACUCUCUUUCCUAGACGUAUCUCAUUUCCUUGUGAUGCUUGUGGUGUUUUACUCGACAAAGGUAGUGAUCAUGUCUAUACUUGUCUUUCAAGCAACUACAUAGCCCAUAGAAAAUGUAUCGAGGAGCUACCAUGUGUCAUUAAGAUCACCCGACACAGUCACCGUCUCCAGCACACACCCUCUCUUUUCUCUCCAAAUGUUGACACUUCUGGUUUCGCUUGCGGAGUUUGCCACAAACCUGUCGAUGUCAACUACGGGCAGUACUCGUGCAUUAAGGGUUGCCACUAUGCUGUCCAUUCAAAAUGUGCAACGAGGAAAGAUGUGUGGGAUGGGAAAGAACUCAAAGGAGUGCGCGAAGAACAAGAAAAUGAUGGAGUUGUCGAGCUAUUCCAGAGGAUUGAUGAUGAGACAAUUCUACAUUGUAAUCAUGAGCACUAUCUGAAGUAUUCUGGAGGAAACAAUGAUGUAUGCGAUGGUAACAAGUACUGCCAAGCUUGUCUCCUUCUAAUAGUAGACUCUGAUAGUUUGUAUAGUUGUAUGAAAUGCAACUUUAUUCUCCACGAAGCAUGUGCACUACUUCCUCGCAAGAUAGCUCAUCCACUGCACAAACACCCACUCACACUCCUUCCAUUCCCUACUAAUCUCUAUUUGAUCCAGUUCAAGGUUUUUGUGGAAGGCAUGUUCAAGUGCAGUGGGUGUCACCAAAGAGGAUGUGGAUUCAUGUACCAAUGCACUGAAAAAGGUUGUAGGUUUCAGCUAGACGUCAGGUGCGCUUCUCUUCCAGAAUCAUUUAUUCAUGGCAGCCAUGGCCACCCUCUCUUCUUAAGUGUAACCAAAGGUAAAUGCAUGAGGUGUGACACCAAUCAAUGUUCACCGUUUUACCUAGAGUGUGUUGAAUGCACGUUGUUUUUGGGUCUUAAGUGUGGUAUGUUGCCAAGUGUUGCAUACUACAAAUUUGAUAAGCAUCCACUCACCCUUUGCUACGGAGAAAAAGGUACAAGUAGUGGUCAAUACUGGUGUGAGCUAUGUGAAUCAAAACUACAUUCAAGUGAAUGGUUCUAUACAUGUGACAUUUGUGGAGUCACUCUUCAUGUUACUUGUUUGCUGGGGAAAGAGGUGUACAUGAAGCCUAACCAUACUAUCAAUAUAAAUGAUGAAAAGGUCAACAUUGUUCGCAACAAUGGUAACCCACGGCCAUUUUGCGGUAAAUGCAACGGUCGUUGUGUGGAUACAUUGGUAUUCUUCAAAGAGGAUUUGCGUAAGUAUUGUUGUACUUUGCCAUGUAUGCAAAAAUUAAUGGAUCGAGAGAAACAAGAAAAGAAGAACAAAGGAGAGGAAAAGACCAUGGAUCAAAAUCGACCAUGA